UCCAUAAGUGACAUUUGCGCAGUGUGUCCGUCCAGUUAUUCGUUUCUUUUAUUUUUUUCUCCGCAUCCGCAGCGCGAACAUCGUGUGACGUUGCGUGUACGUGGAGGAAGUUCGCGUCGCUCUGCCGACGCGUCGUCGCGAAAUUUUCUUCCCUUACUCCUUAAUUUCAAGUUUCAUUCCAAAUAGAUCGAUCAAUAUCGAUUUGUGACGUAACUGCACACCGUAACGCGGUUUAGAUAACAAAGUUACCGAUGCCACCGGCCGGAAGUCACGUAUGAGAGCCAGGCGCGAUUUUCGAAAUGUACGAGAACCUGUUCAAGAAUCCGCUGCACCGGGUGUUCGUGUACGGCACGCUGAAACGGGGAGAACCCAAUCACGGGAUUAUAAAGGAUGUCACGAAUGGCUAUGCGAAAUUUCUGGGCAUCGGCAAGACGACGAUCUCGUAUCCUCUGGUGAUCGCCACCAAGUACAACAUCCCGUUCCUGUUGAAGAAAUCCAACGUCGGCAAUCAUGUGCAGGGUGAAAUAUAUGACGUGGACUCGGCAAUGCUGAGAAGACUGGACGAGCUGGAGGAGCACCCCACCUUUUACGAACGCACUGAGGAAGAAGUCUUGUUAACUCCGGAAGCUAGGCUUAGGCCCGGGAAAACGUUCGAAGAGGUCGGUGAGCUGACGAAGGCAUGGAUAUAUUUCUUGCCGAGAUACAAUCCCACACUGCUGGAAGGUUCCAUGUACGCGUCUUACAGCAACAACGGGAAACACGGGCUGAAGUAUUGCGAGAAGUAUGUUCGCGAUCCGUCCUAUGAUCACAAAAAGGAAGUACAGUAAGAUCAUCUCGCGGCUUCUUUUAUCUCGUUGCAGUAAUGAAGAUUCGUCAAGCGUUAACGACGUCCUUUGAAUACCUCGAAUUGACACUUUGUCUCGCUCCGAGUGAGUGAUCCGAUGCAGCCAUUCCGGAACACUAGUGAUUUUUUAUUUCGACAAUAACGAUUUGGUCCCUUAAUAAAGAGCAGACCCGACGAGAUGCCAGCUGAAGAACCGAUAAACAAGGCUUCGGUCUGCGCAGGAUCGUCAGUUUGUAAGACUGUACUUUUAUAUUGUUGCAUGAUAAUGAUGCAAUGACGAUAUAAUCUUUUGGCGAUUCUACGUAGAGUUCAAUUCGACAUUGCAUCUCGUCGCAAUUGAUUUUAUCAAAUAUUGUCUCUAUGCAUUUAUAUUCUUUUUUUAAUUAAUUAUUUUUAAUAGUCAGAGACUGCGUUCCGAAAUUCACUGCCGGUAUUAAAGAAGAGAAAGUACUGGAAGUGCAUAUCGGAACGCAGCCAGAGUACAAUCUGGGUAUCAAAAUGGUCGGUUAAUUUAAAAAUACGCGGCUGCCCGGGUGAUAUUCGGAAAGUUCGGAUACCAUAUAGCAACGUUACAACAUUGAUUGUUAGCUUUUGUGCUGUAUGGACGGAGGACUUGACGCCGCUUGAACACCUACAUUUAUAUUACUGAGGUGUAUUAUUUAUUUUACUCGGGACAACCUGUGUAUAUCGUAAUUGACUUUUAUUAAAUAUACGCCACCCCACAUC